CGCUCCGCCGCUACUGCUCUGCACGCAAUUUACACUAUACGCACAACGUGCCGGAGCGCAAGUAACCACAAUCUUCUAUAUCUCUCGCUAUUUACUUAUCGAGAAUCGUCAUAUCUGUUAUUCAAAAGUAGUAAUCACGCGCAGUCCACUUUUUUCAUAUCAUCGUCAUCAUCGUCAUCAAAAUGACCAGCGCGGAAGACAAGCUACUUUUCUGCUACAACCGUGGCUGCGGCGAAAAAUUCGACCCCAGUGAGAACAACGACGAGAGCUGUCGGCAUCAUCCCGGCCAUCCCGUUUUUCACGAUGCCUACAAGAGCUGGUCGUGCUGCAAAAAGAAGUGCACCGAUUUCACCGAGUUCCUCAACAUCGUCGGCUGCACGAGAUCGAAGCACUCCAACGUGAAGCCGGCCGCCCCGGUCAAGCCGAAGCAGGACGACGACGAGCUGAACAAAAUCAUCGCCGAGGCCAGGCUGCCGAGCAAAAAGGACGAGGUCGUGGCGAGGCCGUCGAUCAAGAGCCUGAUGAUCGAUCUCAAGCCCAAAGUUUCGCCCAAGCUCCUGGAACAACUCGAGGGUCUGACGACGUCGAAGAGAUCUCACGAGAAUAGCACCACCGUAGUUGUUGGCCAGAACUGCACCAACAAUUGCUGCAAAGGUACUUACCUGGGUCCCAGCUCGAAUGAGGAAGUUUGCGUCUAUCAUCCCGGAGUUCCUAUUUUCCACGAGGGCCUGAAGUAUUGGUCUUGCUGUCAGAAAAAGACGACGGACUUCAAUGUGUUCAUGGAGCAGAAAGGAUGCACGGAAGGAAGUCACGUGUGGACUAAACAGACUUAUGGCAAAAAAGUAAACUGUAGAUUGGAUUGGCAUCAAACUGCAACUCAUGUGAUAAUAUCAAUUUUUGGUAAAAAGUACGAUCCAAAGUUUUCCAGUAUAAAAUUGAAUCCAGUACGUUUGCUGGUAGACUUGUAUUUCCCAGAGGAAAGUUCUAACUACAAAUUAGAUUUGGAGUUACAGGGUGUUGUCGUAGUUGAACAAAGUUCUGUAACUAUGCUGCCUACAAAAACAGAAAUUGAAUUAAGAAAAGCUGGUCCUGGUUCUUGGAGUAGACUAGAAAUUCCAAAAAAGAAUAUAGAGGGAGAAGAAAUCCAUAACACUGACGACAAAGAAGAUUUGUCAAAUAAAGUUGAUGCCGUUGACCUUAGUGACUUAUAAGUGAAUUUAGCAUUCUUGACAAUUUUUAAAGUAAAAGAAUCAACUAAACUAUGUUACUAUUAUCUAAAGACUUGAUUUUGUCAAUUUUAUUAAAAAAAAUCAUCAAAAAACUAACAUAGCACAAUAUCUAAUGUAACUUAUUUUUGUUAAUAAAUGUAUAUUCUUGUUGAAAGUAAGAACAUCUCCAUCCAU